AUGUAACACGACGCCGUUCCAGUAUAAAAACGAUUACCGCGCGCCGCUCUGUCAGUUUUUCCUAGGAACUAUCGGUAUUCCACGCUGAACCGCUAGAACCUCGUUUCAAUAUCGUCAGUGGCUCUUCAAUCACAGAAACAAACAUGCAGACGCAGACAGUAAUACUCGCAGCCAUCUUGGCUUGCUGCCUCCUUGCGGCGAAUUCCCUGGGGAUGCCAACACAGCCAGACGAGAACGGAAACCCUCUCAGCGCUGACAAACGUCCAAAGUACAUGGAGACGCGAGACUUGUCCUACUUCAAAGAAUUACUACUUGUUGCACUGGACGAGCUCAUUGACGACGGAAUCAUCAAUACAUCGGUCCUUAACAAACCUGAGAGCAAAGAACCGGAAGUUCCCACGAAGCGCGGAGAGAGACUUGGAUUGUGCUUCAGACGAAACCAGUCAGGAGCCUUUCAUGCCCGACCAUGCUGGAAGGAAUCGGGACGAAGAUAAACGGCUGUUAACAUGUGUGAACGGCGCAUGGACCACAUGGGGGAACGCUGAGACUUAACUUACGCUUUGAAUUUUGAUAUUUCAUCUCGACAUCCUUGAUUUCACAAUAAAAGAUUAUAUUUUGUGUCAUUUAAUAUUUAUCGUGAAGACCAGUUCGAUGUAGAAAUGGAACAUGUAUAUUGUCAUUACUUUGUUAAAUAUCUUAUAUAAAGUACUUUUUGCAGUCUCAAAAUAGUAUCAUUUUAUUUUGUUUAUUUAUGCAAUUUAUUGUUGAGAAAUUGUAUGAAUUGUAUGUAUUAAUAAUACAUAGAUGAUAAACCUUCACGUAAA